AUGGAGGGGCCCUGGGCAUGCGCAGCAGGGCAAACCCGGGAUAGUCUGACACCAUGGCGUCGUGGGAGAUCCAGAUGCAACACCAGGCGCAGCGCACCUUCCCAUCAUGCCAACGAGGUAGACGCUGCUGCCCUUGAGGAGACCGGCGACUUGAGCGCCAAGAUUCUUCCGGGAAAAUGGUUGGGGGAGGGAGGGAGCUGGGGUGUGUGUGUCCAUGGGAGGUUCCCUAAGAAGUGCAACAAUCAAGUGACGACAAAUAACUUCAAAAAGUCAGGAUCCCACUAG